UUAUUUUCCAUUCAAACUAUUACGUGUACAUAUAUUUGAACCAACAAGGACGUUGAAUUUUAAGAUGACUUAAAGUUUCAAUUUGAACGUGUAUACAAAUGUGUAGGAUUAAACCUGCGGAUUAAACUGAUGUAGUAAGACUGAAUAUUAAAAUUAAUCUGCACAUUUGUGUAUAUUCGUCUAUAGGCCUACAACUAUACUUCUUUGUGUUUGGAAAAUCAUGAUGACUGUCCAGGUAGCGCUGUUUGUUUUCAUUCUUGGUUUAGCGGAAGGUCUGCGAGUGAAACGAGAUUUGUUCCAGCUAGCCGAGAUGAUAGUAGAUGCCACAGGAAGAGAUCCACUCAAUUUUAAUGGCUAUGGAUGUUACUGUGGAUGGGGCGGAAGUGGCACCCCUGUAGAUAAAGAUGAUAGAUGUUGUCAACAGCAUGAUGACUGCUACGGUCAAGUAACAACUGACCUUACGGACUGCUCACCAAAAUGGAACCACUACGCAUGGAAAAUCCAGGAUAAAACCGUUGAUUGUCUUGAUCAAGCGCAAAACGUCAAAAGUAAAAGCAACGCCAUUUUAUUCAAGCGGAAUGAUAAUUGUCCAAGACGUAUCUGUGACUGUGAUAAAGCUCUAGUGGAAUGUUUAUACAAAAAUCCUUAUCAUAAUGAAAACUACAAACUGGACAAAGGAUUAAAAUGUAAAAGUGCGGACAAAAAAGGUCAAAUGUAAUUUAGGGUCAAUUUAAAUGUGCGCGGAAAAGACGGUGGUAUGAUAGCACACGAAUCUGUAGAUGAAGAUCUUCUCUCAAAUGAUGCUGACUACUACGCUGGAUAUUGGCUUUCAUUCAGGACAUAGGUUUUGGAAUAUCAUGGAAAUUUCAUCGACUCUCUUGACAUAAAAAAGAUGUGGUAUGAUUGCCAAUGAGACAUCUGUCCGCAAAAUGACACAGAAAUUAACAGCUGUAAGUCAGUGUGUGACCUUCAACAAUGCGCAAAGCCCAUAUUGCAUAGAACUUUAAUAGUAACAUCUUCAAAUGAAUUGCACUUUUUUUCUACAAUUUCAUUCUAUGGGGAUGGGGGUGGGGGUGGGUACGGUAUUUUGGUGCACCUUCAGACAGUAUAAAUGAUAAAAUUCAGUAGAGUUCGUUAAUGUAAUUUGUAUUUCUUAAACUUUGAUACAGAUUCUUGAGGAAUAAACUAUUACUCUAUAUAUAUAUGUAU